AUGUGGAAGGGGAAUGUAGAGCAGGUAGAGCACGACGCGCUGAGGGAGACAGAGGCGGGAGAUCUGGUAGAUAGCUUGCGGGUAUCGUUUUUCUUACACAUCUACCACGAGAAUCAGACUGCCGGAGGGAUCAAAUCCCUGCUGUACCUGCGCGAGGCCAUUACCAAGGCCCAGCUUCUACGAGUUGACCGUGAGGCGACAUACUCUUCCCUGGAUGGCUCUGACCAACAGCUUCUUCGAAGGCUGGUCUGGCUAUUGUUCGUCACCGAGCGAGGCGUUGCGAUGCUUCACAAGCUUCCUGUCGUUCUUCGCCCAAAUACAUUGUUUCCCUGGGCCAGCGAUCAUUCCCGUGACGAGGUGCUCCCCGCAUUUCUGAAGCUUGUUCACCUUUUCUACGUCUUUGACCAGUCUGGCAUCUUUGAGCUCUUGCGCAACUCGGACACCGACGUCUCCAGCAUGGAGGCUCUUGCAAGAGGCUGCCUCGAGCUUCUCCAGCGGAAGCUCGUCGAUAGCGACAGCAGCGGCGACGGAGACGGAGGCUGCAGCGACGUUCAAAAGGCCGACAUCUUUGUUACAAGGCAAUGGAUGCGAGCUGUGCUGUGGAGGGCGGCGAAGAGAUUUGGCGUCGUCGUGGAUGGCAUCGAUCCGGUCGGUGUCGCUGGUGAGUUUCUUGCUCUCGUGAGCCGACUGCCGACGACGGCGUUGGAGUCGCAAGGCCCAACACUUGAGUUCAAGACGUAUGAGAUUGCGACCGCUGUCGUGGACGCGGUCACAGACAGACGUUCGCUGAUACCAACAAGCCGGCCAAGGGAUGUUCUUCACGGUCUGUAUAGCAUCCUUUCUUCAUCACGAGGUGGGAACAAGACCCUCCUGGCAUUACUCAAUUCGAAACUGGCGAUGGCCAGCCCAGACUUGAGGCUGCUGCUCCGACCAUCGCCUGAAGCGUUGAGCGUACCAUUUCUCCCAGAGCAGGUCCAAUGGGAUGCGUCAAUCUCGACGAGCUUCUUGGACAUGAUCGGCCAGGAAGAGAUCGACCAAGACCUCACAGAUCUGUCAUGGCCCCCUCUCGACCUUGGCAAUCUUCUCCGCUCCCCUUCGCCGAUGACUCAAAUGCUGCUCGAGCCCCAUCAACAGGACCAAUACCACCCUCAGCAUCAGCAGAGCUCCAUCCCUGGGUAG